AACUUCCUUUCCUUUCUUCACACACACAUAAAUACUCCGAAUCUAUCCAUCAAUUACUCCUACCAAACCCCACCCGACUCUCUUCUCUGUAUUCUGUUCUUCUUUCUUCUCCGAUCAAAUCUCUCUCGAUCAUGAGCUAUUACAAUCAGCAGGGCCAGCCUCCCGUCGGCGUCCCACCUCCCCAAGGGUAUCCGGAUCAGCCCAAGGAUGCAUACCCUCCUCCGCAAGGUUACCCUGCCCCGGGCUACCCGCCGCCGCCGGGCUAUUAUGGUCAGCCGCCGCCGCCUCCGGGUUACGCUCCCCAAUACCCCCAAUACGCCCCUCCCCCGCCGCAGCCCCAGCAUCAGCAUGGUAAUAGUGGCACCGGAGUCAUGGAAGGAUGUUUGGCUGCCCUUUGCUGUUGUUGCCUCUUAGAUGCAUGCUUUUGAAGAAGGCUAAAUAAUGGUUGAGCUGCGCGGCGAUAUUAUUAUUGUCUAUCCUAUAUAAUCUCCUCCCCCCGUGAUUUGCAUUUACCCUUUUUUUCUAUUUUAACUUUGAGACUGUAUGUGAUUGUGGAUUAUUGUUUCCAAAAGUGUGUUAUUUUCUGUCUUUGAAACUCUUCAUUCUUUUCUUUUUCUUGUUUUUUUCUUUCAUGUAUUUUUUUUUACAACAAAAAACUUUGUAACAAUAGAAUAAUACUAUUCCUCCAUCCAACAAUAGUAUUCUCGUUCAUCAUUUACAAUUUACAGAGUCAAAU